AUGAGCCGCCCGAACGACCCGCUACAGGCUCCAGCAGGUAGUAACGGACCAAGUUCCGAUACGGCCCUGCUUCUGAAGACACCGAAUGUGCCGCUGCCACUGCUGUUACCUCCGAUUGACCCGCCGAGAGGUUCGCCGGGUAGCACCGAACCAAGUUCCGAUCCUGACCAGCGAUUACCUCCGUCGGGGACUGUACCACUCCCGCCGAUGAACCGCUCGAACGACCCGCUACAGGCUCCGGCAGGUAGUAACGGACCAAGUUCCGAUACGGCCCUGCUUCUGGAGACACCGAAUGUGCCGCUGCCACUGCUGUUACCUCCGAUUGACCCGCCGAGAGGUUCGCCGGGUAGCACCGAACCAAGUUCCGAUCCUGACCAGCGGUUACCUCCAUCGGGGACUGUACCACUCCCGCCGAUGAUCCGCUCGAACGACCCGCUACAGGCUCCGGCAGGUAGUAACGGACCAAGUUCCGAUACGGCCCUGCUUCUGAAGACACCGAAUGUGCCGCUGCCACUGCUGUUACCUCCGAUUGACCCGCCGAGAGGUUCGCCGGGUAGCACCGAACCAAGUUCCGAUCCUGACCAGCGAUUACCUCCGUCGGGGACUGUACCACUCCCGCCGAUGAUCCGCUCGAACGACCCGCUACAGACUCCGGCAGGUAGUAACGGACCAAGUUCCGAUACGGCCCUGCUUCUGGAGACACCGAAUGUGCCGCUGCCACUGCUGUUACCUCCGAUUGACCCGCCGAGAGGUUCGCCGGGUAGCACCGAACCAAGUUCCGAUCCUGACCAGCGAUUACCUCCAUCGGGGACUGUACCACUCCCGCCGAUGAUCCGCUCGAACGACCCGCUACAGGCUCCGGCAGGUAGUAACGGACCAAGUUCCGAUACGGCCCUGCUUCUGGAGACACCGAAUAGGUUCGCCGGGUAG